AUGGAAACUAUGAAGGAACUCGUUGCACUACAAAAACCAAUCAUGUUGGAUGAGGGGAACUUCGGGCAUUGGAAAGCGAGAAUGAGACAUAUCAUUCGAGGGAUAGAUGAAGACGCAUGGACUGCUGUUGAACAAGGGUGGACUGCUCCCACCAUGGUGAUGGAUGACAAGUCCAUGGGACCCUUACCCAAGGAAAGGUGGACUGACUCUGAUAAGGCUGCAUCAAAGUUCAACUCUAAGGCUCUCACAACGAUCUUCUCAGCUGUUGAUCUUGAUCAAUUCAAAAUCAUUCAGGGUUGUGAAUCAGCCAAGGAAGCGUGGGACACACUCAUCAAUCACUUUGAGGGAAACACGAGUGUAAGACGCACUAGAAUUGACCAUCUUGCUUCUAAGUUCGAGAAUCUACGUAUGGAGGAUGAUGAAUCAAUUGGGAGCUUCAUCUCAAAGAUCAGUUCCAUAGCCAACGAAGCCUCUGUUCUUGGAAAGAAAUAUAACGAAAAGAAACUUGUGAAAAAAGUGUUGAGAUGUCUCCCUCCUCGAUUUGAGGCAUACAAAGCUGUCUUGAAGAUUGCAAUCAACACUGAUGAGAUGAAGUUUGAUCAACUGGCCGGGAUUCUCAAAGUUCAUGACCUGGAACGAGCAGAAGGACUUCCCAAAGAGCAAAAAGGAAUCGCUUUUACUGCAGACAAUAAGGAGAUUGAUCGUGUCAAACGAAUUGAGGACAACAUGAGUCUUAUGGCUAAGAACUUCAACAAAAUGCUUAAACGGGUUGAGAAGGGACAGAACAGGUCUAGCAACCGAUUUCAGAGCAGAGACAGUGAUCGCUCGAACGUACGAAAUGACUCAGGAAGAGGAAACCGUAAAAAGGAACUACAAUGUCAUGAAUGUGAAGGCUACGGUCACUAUCGUAAUGAAUGUCCUUUGACCAAAAGAAAGGAACUGAAAUGCAUCGAAUGCAAGGGGUAUGGACACACAAGGAGCGAGUGUCCUAACAACCUCAAAAAGGACAAAUCACUCAUCUGUUUCAGCGACACAGAGUCUGAGGAGGGCAGUGACAAUGAAGAACUACUUAUGAACUUUGUAGCUCUGGUUGGCCAAGAUGACGCAUGUGAGACAAUCUCUAUGACAGAUUCAGAAUCUGAGAUAGAACCAGAAGGAGAUAACUCCGAUCUCAAAUCUGAGUACCGACUUCUGUUUGAUAAAUUCACUGAGCUGAGUCUUGAGAAUCUUCAACUGAUCAAGGAUCGAGCAAUGCUAAAGGCUCAGGUAAACAUUCUUGAACUGGAACAACCGGCAAAAGAUGAUGAAGUCACUCCUGUGAAUACUGAAAACAGAGAAAAAGAGAAACGAGACUCUCUUGAGAAAACCAUCUCAGAUCAGGCACAUAGCCUAAAAAGCCUGGAGACCAGAUAUGAUCAAACCAAGCUGUUGCUGAAUGAGGAGUUAGAAAAGAGUCGACUGCUGCAGUACGAGCUCAGUGAGAACUACAAGAAAGUGAGGAUGCUUAACACUGGAUCUGACAAACUUGAUCACAUUUUGAGGGUCGGACAAUCACCAGCCACUUGCCGUGGACUUGGAUAUCAAGGCUAUUGUUCACAGUCAAAGGAUCUGACCCAAGGAGUAACGUUUGUGAAAGGCUCUCAACAGACUAGUUCAAGCAUACCUCAGACAGUUGGUUCCGUCAACCCAACGGCCACAAAGAGCUUCAAUGUACCUUCCACAAAACGAAAGAAUGGAUGUAUGUUUUGCUGCAAAGCAGGUCAUAAGGCAUCUAACUGUUAUUUCAUGAGAAAUCAACUUCAACGCGCUUGGAGGACCAGCAGAUGUUUCAUGGAACCUAGCAAAGUGGGACAUGUGUGGAUUGCUAAGACUGAUCUGUAUCCAAAAUAUGGAAACAGAGUCUCACCACUCAGGAUCAACGCUGAUGAAACGACUGGAUCAGGACCUGAACUCACUCCUAUCAGUGAUCAGAGAGAAGGAAAAGCCAUAAUGUGCAAUCUUGCUUUUAUUCGAGACUGGGAACCAUCUGAUGAAGUGGCUGUGUCACACCACAAAGAUGAAAUGUCACUCCCUCAGAACUGCGAUCCUCUACUUGAAGACAUGAGUAAUAAGAUGAUAGUGGGAAACGUGGCAUACACAUCAACUGACAGCGCUAAGCAGACUGAUCUCCCAUGGUAUUUUGAUAGUGGUUGCUCUAGACACAUGACUGGAACCCUGGAAUGUCUGGAGAAUGUAGAAGAAAUUCAAGGUGGAAAAGUAACCUUCGGAGAUGGAGGUCAAGGAAAGAUACUUGGUGUUGGUUUGACAGAUAGAGCUGACCUCCCACGUCUCAUAAAUGUGUUUUAUGUCGAAGGUCUGAAAGCCAAUCUCAUCAGUGUGAGCCAACUCUGUGACGAAGGACUCCAAGUUAUCUUUGACAGAAAAGAGUGCCGAGCAGUAAACGACAGAGGGGAUCUUGUAUUGUGUGGAUAUCGUUCGGGCAACAACUGCUACAUGUGGAAACCAUCAAGUCAAUGUCUAACUGCUAAAGAAUCACAGACAGAACUCUGGCACAAGAAACUUGGAGCUAACAGCUUCACCUUUGACUACCCUCUGCUUUACCAAGAGAUGAUUAAGUAA